GUAGGCAGAUCUGGCAGCAGUAGAUACUGAUGUCGGCUGCUGUGUGAAGGAAAGCCGGCUGCUGUGUGAAGGAAAGCCGCAGCUUGUCUCAGCCUUGGGAUAAGUACUAGAUCCCUGAGGUGCUUCGAUCAGCAGCCCAUUACCUAAGCACAGGGUGGACCGACAACAUUGAAUAUUGCAGCUUCUUUGCCAAGAGUUUGCAUCCUGUGACUUAUGCAGAGUGUGUUGGUGCAUCUGGUCGAAUUUGUACUUUGCCCUGCUAGAUCUAUAUUAUAAGUCGCUCACAAAGAAAAGUACAACAUGAGUGGGACUGAGAGAAUCACCCAGGAGCUGUGUGAAGAGUCAGAACUGAAUGAAGGAGAGAUGCGUGAGUUUGAUGUUCAAGGUCAGACUAUCCUUCUAGUAAAGAGUAAUGGAGUUUUCACUGCAGUCGGCAGCAAGUGUACACACUAUGGCGCACCUUUGAGUAAAGGAGUCCUGUCAGGCAAUAGGAUCCGCUGUCCCUGGCAUGGAGCUUGUUUCAAUAUUGAGACUGGGGAUAUUGAGGAAUAUCCAGGACUGGACAGUCUUCCUUGCUUUGAGGUGACCGUAGAGAAUGGCAAAGUGCUACUUAAUGCCAACAGGAAGGCUCUUGAGAAUCCCAAGAGAGUGAAGGAAAUGAGCAGACACUACAAUGGGGACAGAACUAACAUAGUCCUAAUAGGAUCAGGGCCAGCAGCACUGGUUUGUGCAGAAACACUUCGCCAAGAAGGUUACAAAGGAAGAAUUGUCAUGGUGACUAGAGAGAAACAUCUACCGUAUGAUAGAACAAAGCUUAGCAAGGCAAUGAAUGUAAAAGCCAAAGAUAUUUACUUACGUUCGGAGGAUUUUUUCUCAUCUUAUGACAUCGAAGUCUGGACUGAGAAAGAGGUGGUUUCUAUCAAUACUGACGAAGGCAAAGUCAAGUUUAGAGAUAAUUCAACCCUUCAGUACAGCCAACUUCUAAUUGCUACGGGCAGCAGGCCUAGAGAGCUUACUUGCCCUGGCUCCAGUUUACAGAAUGUUUUCCUGCUACGUAGUCCUGAUGAUGCCAAUGCGAUCAGCGAAGCAGCCAUUGGGAAGAAUGUGGUUAUAAUGGGCACUUCAUUUAUUGGGAUGGAGGUUGCAGCAUUUCUCUCUGACAAAGCAAGCUCUGUGUCUGUAAUUGGGAGAUCUGAAUUCCCUUUCCAGGCUGUACUAGGACCCAAAGUUGGAGAAGUGGCCAUGAAGCUUUUACAGGAGAAAGGAGUGAGUUUCUACUCAAGAACAGAAGCCAGAGAAAUCAGAGGAGAAAAUGGACAGGUGAGAGAGGUGGUCUUGAGAAAUGGCAGCAAACUUCCUGCUGAUGUGGUUGUAGCUGGCAUCGGGGUCACCCCAGCAUCUAACUUCCUGAAAGGCAGCAGAAUUGCCGUUGAUACCAGAGGAGCCAUCUUUGUUGAUCAGUUCAUGCGCACCAGUGUCCCAGAUGUCUAUGCAGCAGGAGAUGUUGUUUCUUUCCCACUUUCCAUAAUGGAAGGCCACAGAGUUAAUAUUGGUCAUUGGCAGAUGGCACAUUCCCACGGUCGUAUAGCGGCGCUGAACAUGCUAAAUAAGCAGGUACCAGUCGACUCUGUGCCUUUCUUCUGGACUUCACUGCUAGGAAAAAGCCUCCGCUACACAGGUUACGGGGAAGGUUACACAUCAAUUGAACUGAAAGGAAAUCUAGAGGAAUUGAAGUUCCUGGCCUUUUAUAUCAAGGAUGAUUAUGUUGUUGCAGUGUCCAGCAUGAACUAUGACCCUGUUGUGGCACAAGUAGCAGAAGUCAUGAGCUCUGGUCGGAGAAUUACCAAAAAUGAAGUGCUGGAAGAAGAUUUUUUGAGUCUGAUAGCCAAAUAAAACCUUCCAGGAGGACCCACAUGUAUAUCUGAAGAGUUAACAAACAAAGAGGAGAUCCUAUAUUGGCACCUGGAGUUCCUAUGCCUAAUAUAGUCAAUUUACAUAAAGGGGAAGCAAUGGUAAAAUGACUGGGGGUGUGCCAAGCUGUUAGAUCUUCUUUAAAGAGUACCUCAGCCUGGUGUAGUGUUUGGAAGAGUAGAAAAGAGGCAGCGCAUCGCUUAGUAGCUGACCCCCCAUCUGGCUUGGGUGGGCACAUGCAUAGUAGAGUUUUCUGCACUGCUCAUGUGCUUUACUAGAACUGGUGCAGGGGACACGUGGGAGGACAAAAGACCCCAGACCACCCCAAGCUGGUGCAUAACAACUUGGUACUACUCCAGUCAUUUUAUCUUUCCAUCUCUAUUAACAAGUUUGGCUGAGUUAUGUUUUACUAUGUUUUGUAGAUACAUUGAGAUGAUUAAAAGAAACAGCAAAAUGGUGCACAAAGUUUUAUAUAAAGUUUUAAUUAUACAAAUGAGCAGAACACAUUUUAAACACAAUUUGUAUACCACCAUUCUGAUGUGUUAUAUUUUAUUGUGCUCCUAUAAACUAGCUGGCUGUAGCAAACUGUUGAACAGUAUCACAGUCCCGCAAUAUGACUACAGUAGUCAAAUGAAAAAUGCUGGGAAAAACAGAUUGUAUUACAUAAAAUCUCCUACACAAAGAUUAUUUUCAUCUUUACCAUAUAUUUUAGGUGCCAUGCAAAUGUCACCUAAAAAAUGUCCUGACUAGCAAUAUUUACAAUCAUGUUCCUGCUCAAACCUGCUUG